AUGGAUAAUGGUAAAAUGGAAUUGUUUUUUGAAAUAUUGCGUCGUAAAACACACAUUUUUUGCGAUGUCAAAGAAAAUGCAACAGUUUUGGAACUUAAGAAAAUAAUUGAAGGUAUCCUAAAGGUACCAAUAAAUAAGCAAACUUUGAAAAAACAAACUGAAGAUGGUUUUUGGCAUACAAUUGAAGAUCGUCAAACUCUUUCCGAAUGUGGUUAUACCCCUCAGAAUUCUCGUGCACAAGCACCUGCACCGCUGGCACUUGUUGUUACUAAUGAAGAAGAAGAUGUUGUCAUUGAGCCGUUAUCAAUUCCACCGCCUGUACCAGAUGCAAUGAGGCCUGAACAAACCGCUGCAAAUGAUCAGUGA